AUGAACGUCUCUCACCCUAUAUCGUCGGCCAUCGACAGUGUCGAUUUCGACUUCCUGACGCCCAAUGAGAUCAGAAAAAUCUCAGUCAAGAGGAUAGAGAACCCUACCACAUUUGAUAGCCUCUUAAAUCCCACCCCUGGUGGUUUAUACGACCCGGCUCUUGGAGCUUGGGGCGACUCUUUAUGUACAACAUGUAACCUAAACGGAUCAAGUUGUCCCGGUCAUGCCGGCCAUAUUGAUCUGCCUGUACCCGUGUACCAUCCUGUCUUCCUCGACCAGGUCAUGCGACUGCUGAGGUCCCAAUGCAUCUACUGCAACCGAUUCCGAAUGCGAGCUGCCGAUCUUGCUCUCUACAAAUGUAAACUCCGCCUCCUGCAGUUUGGUCUGAUCGACGAAGCCCAGUAUCUCGACGAGAUCACCCCCAAGACGAGAGACGUUGCUGGUGUUGAGCCUGUCGAAAUGGACGACGACGAGACCGAAGAUGCCGCCCACAUGACCCUUCUUAGGGAAAAGUUCACGGAGCAUGCCAUCCGCAGACACAGAUUGAGCACUGUCGAGAUCAGGAAAGGCAAACACGAGGGCGCUUACGAGGCCAGGAGAGAGCUGAUCAAGGCCUUCCUCCAGGACAUGACCAAGGGCAGGACUUGUCAGACCUGUAAGGGAAUCUCCCCAAACUACCGCAAGGACCAGUUUGUCAAGAUUUUCGAGAAGGUUCUGCCGCAAAAGGAUGCCGCCAAGAUGGCCCAGGGUAGCUUCAAGCGACGAGAUGCUCUGACUGUGAGACAGCAAGCCAAGGUCGCCCCGAACAAGAAGAAGGCCCUCGAGACGGACGAGGCAAGCAAGAAGGACGUCGCCCCCCAUCGUUAUGUCAGCACCAGCGAGGUUCUUGCGCGACUAGAACUCUUGUUCGAAAAGGAGCAGGAAGUGGUUGCUCUGCUGUACAACUCUAGACCUCAGUCGAAGCACUCCGAACCCCUCAACCCGGGGUCUUUCUUCUUGCAAACCAUCAUGGUCCCACCGAACAAGUACCGCCCCGAAGCCCGGCAAGGUGACGGUGGCAUAGCUGAGGCCCAGCAAAACUCCCUCUACAAGAACAUACUGAACGCGUCCGCCAAGAUCGCUCAAAUCCAUCGUGAGAUUGCUGCCGCUGCCAGAGCCGGUUCCGAGUUUGAGGGCCGAAACAGAAACUUUUCAGAGCUGCAUGAGGCAUGUGUUGCGCUCCAGAACUGUGUCAACUCUCUUAUCGACAAAGACCGCAACCCGGUUCGUGGCGCCGCCGGCAAGAGGAACGAGGAUGGUAUCAAACAGAAGCUCGAGAAGAAGGAGGGUCUGUUCCGGAAGAACAUGAUGGGCAAGCGUGUCAACUACGCCGCCCGUAGUGUUAUCUCUCCAGAUCCGAAUAUCGAGACCAGCGAGAUUGGUGUGCCCCCCGUCUUUGCUAAGAAGCUCACAUACCCCGAGCCUGUCACCAGCCACAACUUCCGAGAAAUGCAGCAAGCCGUCAUUAACGGCCCCGACAAGUGGCCAGGUGCUGUCGCAAUCGAGAACGAGAACGGCCAGAUCGUCAAUCUGAAGAAGAAGUCGCAAGAAGAUCGAGUUGCCCUGGCAAACCAGCUGCUGGCUCCUACGAGCCACAAUCAGCAUGGCAUGAGAGGCAAGAAAGUCCAUCGCCACCUCGGAAAUGGUGAUGUGGUCCUCAUGAAUCGACAGCCCACUCUACAUAAGCCGUCCAUCAUGGGCCACCGCGUCAGGGUUCUUCCCGGGGAAAAGACCCUUCGUAUGCAUUACGCCAACUGCAACACUUACAACGCGGAUUUCGACGGUGACGAAAUGAACAUGCACUUUCCCCAGAACGAGCUCGCUCGGGCUGAGGCUAUGCGACUUGCAGACACCGAUCACCAGUACCUCUCCGGCACGGCAGGCAAACCCCUGCGAGGUCUGAUUCAGGACCAUUUGUCCGUCUCAGUCGCGCUCUGCAAUAGGGACACCUUCUUC